AUGCUUUCUAAGGCUCUCAGUAAGGCAAAUGCUGCCGUUCAGCUCGAUAACGCACAGAACUAUGGCGCUGCGAGGGAGGCGUAUCUGGAAGCUUGUGAAUUAUUGCAACAAGUGUUGACUAGGACGAAUGGCGAUGACGACAGAAAGAAGCUAGACGCCAUUCGAGUUACGUAUACAAGCCGUAUAGAAGAACUAGACGCCUUGGUCCCCGUUAAUCUGCAUGGAGAUAAGGCGUUGCCAGCAAGACCAGAUAGUUUUGACUACCAUGGGGUUCAAAUGGAGUUGGCGAGAGUUGACAACCAGUCCGACCCAGCAACAAUCACUAGGUCACGCAGGGUCGACCGAGCUGGAUCACCACCAUCUCAAGUUUCGUCCCAAGCCAUGCAUCGACCUUCGGAAUCGAUAACGUACCGUGACUUUUCGAGGAAUGCCGACUUCAACCAAGGUUCUCGGCAGUCCUCCUUUUCCAGAUCUCCAAUGCGCCGCAAUUUUGAAAGAGAGGCCUCGAUAGUACCGCGCUCGUCCGAUGACAACUUUCUGCCUGCUCCACUAUCACCUCGUAGACCUGCCUCCCCUCCAAGAAUACCUAGUCCUGAACCUAUUGUACGCAUGGAUUUCUCGUUAAAGCCAGACCGAUACGCUUCUAGUACUGAAUUGCGAUCACAUAGACGGAACCUCAGCCACGAAUCGGCAUCGUGGCUGGAUCCUAUCGAUGAAUCAGGAGGCUCCACAACUUCUUCGGUGCAUUCCAGGUCAUCUUCGAGGAUUAUAAGGAAGCAUAUACGUCAGCCUAGUGGUGAUACCGAGGCUGAGUUUGACGCCGCAUUAGAUGCCGCUGUGGAAGCUGCCUAUGAUGACGGAUUCGAACCCAUGGAAGCGUCUAUCGUGACGUAUGAUGAAGUAGAUGAUAGGAUAACAUCCUCCAUGCGGAGAAUGGAAGUAGCCAAGGAACGGGCCCGAGAGACGGAGCGAGAGGUUGCAAUAGAAAUGGCUCAAGAACACGAGCGACAGAGACAGAUGUCACUCAGUCAACAAGCACAAAUAUACGGCGGUGAUUUUUUUGACGCUAACGACUCCGAUGAGGAAGAAGAACGCAUGCUCGAAGAAAUGACUAGGGAAUAUGCUAUGGAUGAUUUCACUCGCCAGUCUCGCUAUCACUCGAGUGUUCCUAGAGAAUCUGAUUCCAGUGGCUUUACAUCGAGAACUUGGCAUAGCUCAAUGGCCUCAAACCCCCCAACCGGCACAACGACGCUCUCUGUGGUCAGUGAGGUGGCGUCAUCAGGCAAUCUGCUAAAGACAUCUUCACCACCGCCCAUGCCUCCCCCCACUCAUUCUUUACCUCAGCUGCCCAACAACCGGCCGUCCUCAACUACAGGUGUGCGAAAUCGGCGGCUUUCGGGGCAGAAUGCAAAGCAGCUCAAAAUCGAGACGUCAAAACUUGGCUCGCCACCUACUGUGCCACCACCAGCCAUGACCCCUUCCUCGGCUGAGCAGUCUCAGCCCACGAGUAAUUACAUCGCUCAGCAGAGACAGGCUCUUUCUGCAAACUCGGCUCGUGUCGGCCCCUCUUCCAUGCGCAUACCAUCGCCACCGAUUAGGGGUAUUGGCCCUGGUGACACAGCGGGCCCUGCGAGUCCCACGGGCGGUUACGACGAUGAGGUCCGAACUGGUUCGCCAUCAUCUACAGUGCCUAGCAUGCGAAAGAACUUCUCUUCUUCCAGCUUAAAAUCUUUGAAGUCUAGACAAAUGUCAUUGCCAUAUCUUGAUGAUGCAGAUCCGCUUCCUAUGACUCCGUUAAGCCAACAGGUCUCCAACUCAUCAGUCACUCGGUUGCCGACAGUGCCCGCGCUUCCAACACCGAUUGCAACAACAUUUUCGGAGAAGAUAGUGGGGGGCGUUGGUGGACUCCAUCUGUUCGAUUCUGAUUUCCAUUCUCCGAUAUCACAGUCACCGAACUCGACACAUCACCUUCAACAACAAAGCCAGGAUAUUCCUCUCCCACUUGAACCAUGCCCAUCUGAACCAAUGUUCCGACCCUUCUGGUUAAUGCGCGCGCUUUAUCAGACAUUGGCUCAUCCACGAGGUGGCUAUAUAAGCAAUCGACUCUUCGUUCCCCAAGACGCAUGGAAGGUGAAAGGCGUUAAGCUGCGAAAUGUUGAAGACAAGAUUUCUCAAUGUGAUCUGCUCACUGCAGCGUUAUUAACGCUCGCGCGAGUCGAUAGUAAUGACGCAGACGCUAUGCUAGACGAGAUGCAGGUGUUUGAAAAUCUGCUGGAGACGGUUCAAGUUACUCUCUCGCGAAGACUGGGCACUGAAGUUGGUACCCAGGGUAUGGUUACCUUCAAAGAUGAGAGAGAGACCGAAGCCCCACCAGUGCCGAGAAAUAACAGCAUUAGUGGGAAGGGUGCGUUCAGUUGGCGCCGAUUGAGGAGCAAAGGCUCUGCUGUCAACCUGGCCAGCACAUAUGGUGUCAAAGCCAAUGCUAGUGGAAGUAAUGCGAGCGGCGUUCCUGGCAUCCCAGAAAGAGACGCGAUGAGCCCGGGCGGAACCAUGUCGAGCUUGCCGAUGGUCGCCCAUCCUAGCAGUAGGCCUGCUAAGAGGGAUGUAGCAUCAGUCAAGUUCGAUGGACCCAACGCAAACUACAUGGCGUCUCUGGCGCGGUUGUUUGAUGCUGCACAAACAGUCGAUCAAAUCGCGCGUCAGGUUGAUGAUCCCGGAUUACGCCACGCUGACAAAACGCAGGUUGGGCUUGAGCUGUGCACCAGACAUGCUGCCGAAUUUUUCGGAUUCUACAUAUGUCGCUUUGUCCUAGCUGACCUGGGAAUGCUUCUUGACAAGUUCGUCAAGAGGGGUAGUGAGUGGGUUCUCGCUUGA